UGUUCUUGUUCUCUAUUUUGGAGAGGCAAGCAACAUAGUAGUCAGUCAGUGUCGACAUUUUAUGGCCUCAUCACCUCAUUUUGGUGUGUUUAGAGUGUUUACUGUGAUUUAAAGAAAGUGUUGAGUAGGUAGCAUUUAAUUUUCUUUCAGCUGGUUCUGCUUUUUCAAGCUCAUGAUGCUGAAACGAAUUUUUCAGCAAGCAAAGAAGCAUCCAGGACUCAUCCCCCAGUUUUUUUUCAUGGUUUUGGGUAUGAGUGGAGCCUCCCUCUACCUGAUCCGACUGGCACGAGGACCUCAUGUGAGCUGGGACAGGAAGAAUAACCCAGAGCCAUGGAACAAACUCAGUCCCACCUAUCAGUACAAGUUGGUGGCCGUCACUACAGACUACAAGAAGCUGAAGAAGGAAGGACCUGACUUUUAAAGGUCCUCUCUGUGACUCCGAGGGCACAUCCAAACACGCACACACACUCACACACACUCACACUGCUGUGGUAUCACUUACCGUCUCAGAUGUGUGUCGUUGUGAACCUUUUCGUAAGACAACAGCAACCUCAACCCUCUCCCAUCCAUAUUGUCUUCCAGAGAGCAGAAAGCUUGUAGAAUAUUAAAGUCAUAUUUCCACGACAGCAGAGGCAUGUUCAGCAUGCCACACGCACUUAGAGAACGCAUGCGUAAAAUCCUAGCUCAAGGAUAUUUCUCAAAGAACAAAUAAAGACAAUUUCCAUGCUUAGAAGUUUGCUCAGGGUCGUAUAUUAUCCACAAAAGAGAAAUACAAAAUAACAUUACUGCAUGCUAUGAUAAAGUGCUGUUUACUAGUAUAAAGAACAACAACAGCAGCCAUCCCCUGCAACAUGAAGAAACAUGACGAAAUCACGAAAGUGUUUAAGAGUGCACAACAAUUACGACUUUUACUGAAGAUUUUUCUAUUGACAGUAUUCUAGAAAUCUAUAAGUCAAAUUUUAAUAAAAUGUAAUUUAAAGAAGCACUUUAUUCUAGGGGUGAGCCGAUAUGAUACUCCGUAUCGGUAUCAGUCUGAUAUUGGCCAAAAUCACAUGAGCGAAAAUUGCAAGAAAAAAGUCAUCUGUUAAUCCAAUAUGAUCCAUUAGUCUAUCCCAUAAUUGCUUAACCCUAGAUGUUGAUGUGUUUAUGUGUUUAAACCAGGCUACAUGCCAGUAUUUAUUUAUAAAUAUUUAUUAAACUCUGAAAAUCUUUAACAUUACAGCAGAAAUACCAACAACGCACAAUACUGUUUUAUUUUGUAAGUGUGAGUUCAUGUAGUUUAGUUGUGGUGGUUCUACUGGUGGUGUGUUAUGCAUUCUCCUAAUCCUUUAUUGCUUGAAUUACAUUUUUGGGAGGAAAAAUAUACUUUUUGGAAGUUUAGAAAUCCAUGUGGAUAUAUUAAACAUACAGUUCAUUUUUAUGCUAACUUUUAAUAACAAGCUGAUCAGUUUUUUAAGCAAGAAAUCACCUAAAACUUGCAGGGCAGGUCUCUAGAACCAUAGAUGAGAACCCUUGAUUCAUUAUGAUUAAUCUGACAAACAUGGUUUAGCUGCAUAAUGUUUCUCAAAAGGCAACAAAUAUAUAUACUGUGUAUAAAAAUCUGUUUUAGUAAAUUAUAACAAGAAAGUAUGAAAACAGUAAGAAUCUGUUGGGUUCUAGGGUGGAUUAAGGCCUCCAUCAGUUAUGAGAGAACCACUGUUUGUUCUUUCACUCUCUUUCCUGUUCUAAAUAAAGUUUUAAAAUAAAUUAAA